UUGAAAGUUUUCAAAAUGAGCCACAAAAUUGCUGGUACUGGUCCUCAACAUGUUGCAGUCUUAGUAUUUCCAUUCACUUCUCAUCCCGCCUCUAUUCUCCGAUUUGUACGUUCCAUUUCAACUCUGGCCCCCGAUAUGCAGUUCACCUUCUUCAACAUAUCUAGAUCAAAUAGCUCCCUCUUCCUGGGUUCCUGCAACAUGGUAUUUGGUAAUAUAAAGCCUUACAACGUAUGGGAUGGUUUGCCAGAUGGCUACACACCCCCUUCAUCCGGAAAUCCUCUGCUUGAGCAAAUUAAGUUGUUCCUUGACAAUGCACUUGGUAGCUUCGAGAAGGCAAUCAAAGAGGUGGAGGCAGCAACAGGACACAAGUUCAACUGUUUGAUUUCGGAUGCACCUCUCUGGUUUGCCGGUGAUAUUGCCGAGAAAAUGCAUGUCACUUGGGUGCCCUUUUGGAUUUCUGGACAACGCUCGCUGCUUCUUCAUAUCGAGACUGAUCUAAUUAAAGAGAAACUGCAAGGACAAGAAGACAAAACUUUAGGCUUUCUCCCAGGAUUCUCAAAUGAAUUCCGAGCAUCGGACAUACAGAAGGAAAUUGCACUUGGAGAUGACGUAGAAUCGCCGCUUGGAAAGCUGCUGUAUAAAAUGGGACAGAAGCUGCCACAAGCAACUGUGGUUGUGAUCAACUCUUUUGAAACGAUAGACUUGAAAGUUACCGAGGAAUUGAAGAAACGACUCCAGAAAUUGCUCCUUGUAGGGCCACAACAUCUUAUGCGACCAGUACAAUCAGAAUAUGAUGAGGAGGAGGAGAAGGAGGGUGGCUGCUUGCAGUGGUUGGAUAAGCAGAAACCUGCUUCGGUAGCAUACAUCAGCUUUGGAAGUGUUGGGGCACUGCCUCCCAUGGAGGUAGGAGCAUUAGCUGAGGCAUUAGAGGAAGGUGGAUUCCCCUUCCUUUGGUCAUUCAGGGGAAAUCAAGAACACUUUCCACGAGGAUUUAUUGAAAGAACAAACAAGUUAUCUCUAGGAAAAGUACUUCCAUGGGUGAAGCAAGAGCGAAUUCUCAAUCAUAGCUCGGUUGGAGUGCAUGUAACACACUGCGGUUGGAACUCAGUUUUAGAGAGUAUAACUGGUGGUGUGCCUAUGAUUGGGAGGCCUUCCUUUGCUGAUCAAAAUCUACAUAUGCGGAGUGUAGAAAUUGUAUGGAAGAUCGGUGUGAGGAUUGAGGGAGGCGUUUUCAGUAAAACUGGAGCUGUCAAGGCAUUGGAACAAGCUUUAUCGCUUGAGCAAGGAAAAGAAAUGAGACAGAAAAUUGGAAUCCUCAAACAACUUGCUCAAGAGGCUGUUGCACUAAAGGGGCGUUCAGCUCAAGACUUGAAAGCUUUGGUAGAGAUCAUCACAUCUUCAAAUCUUGAUAACCAAGUGAACCCAGUUUGAUUCUCUUUGGUUGUAUCCUUGCUAUAUGUUCGUCUUCAUCAUAGACUGAUGGGUGAAAGAAUAACAAGCAGAUAGCAAGCUCAUGAUCUGAAAUAAAUAAGAACGGUAAUAAUUUAUGUUUAUGUACUGUCUACUGUUGUUCUAUAUCUAUGUUUUGCGAAUUACAAGCAGAGAUGUAGUUCGUUUGCCCUUCUCCGGCU